AUGAAUCAAUUUAUUAAAAGACAGAUGAAUGAUGAUCCAAUUGAUGUUAUGAUGGAUAUUAUUGAAGAAAAUAAACGAUUAAGAAAAGAACUAGAAAGAAUCCGAUUGUUAUUAAUUAAUGAAAAUAGAAUGAAUGAAGAACUUCGGAAUGGUGUUUUAAAUGAGAGAGUUAAUCUUCUUUAUGAUAGUAGUGAUAUAGAAGAUGAGAGUGAAGUAGAUGAAAUAGGAAUAGAUAAAAUAGAUGAAAUAGUGAAUAAUAGAUUAUCUAAAAUUAAAGAAGGAAAUAAAAUACAAGAAGUUCAUCAUCAAAUAUUCUUUUAUUAUAAUAGUUUAAAUAUUAUAUUAGGUAAACAAGGAACAGGAAAAACAACAUUUAUAAUGAAAGAAUUAAUAAAAAUAAAUAAAAUAGAACAUUUAUAUGGAGCAGUUAUUUAUGUAACAAAAAAUGUAGGAGAAGAUGAAACAUUUAAAGAAUUAAAAGAUUUAAUUAAAACACCAAUUUAUGGAAUGAAUUAUGAAAAAUUUAUGCCAGCAUUAAUACAAUAUUAUAAACAACCACAAGAAAAACAUUUAUUAAUUAUAUUAGAAGAUGCAUCAUUUUCACUUAUGAAAGAAGAUAAAACAUGGGGAGAAAUUAUUACAAGAUUAAGACAUUUAAAAACAACUAUUAUUUGGAACUGUUGGAUAUUAUUUAUAUUUAGGAAUGAAUAA